AUGGGUCGUCGAAAGAUUUUGGGAACAGUCACGCUGCAAUCGGGGGGCUCGUACACAGGGUGGUCGGCUUCUGGCGUCUGUUCCCGCGAGGUCUUGCAGCAGAAAUUUGAUCAAGCUCUGACGGAGACUCGUGCGACCACGCUUUACGCCGAGACAACAAAAUGCCAUAUCGAACGGAUGGAAAAGUAUUGGACCGAAUAUUGUGCUAUCUUCGCUCUUGAGCCACACGAGACACUGAGAGAGUGUCAGACUGCUCGCAUAGAGAACUUCCUCCACUGGAUAGUGACAACCUGCACGAUCAAGAAAACAAGCACUGUCACAACCUACUGGCGGCAACUGAGCCAGCUACACAUCACUUGGUGGCAAUGUCGGGUCUCACCCCAAACUCUGAAAGAGGUCUUCGUGUUCAUUGAAGGUUCUUUGACGAAAGAAUAUGGCUUGGAUAACACCGAAAGUGAGAAGCCACUGCUCGAGGCCGAAGAAUUUAUCGAGGUCAUACAGUAUCACUGGGCCGCUGACAUCAACGUCUUUCCCAACGAGCGACAACGUGUCCAGGUUGCGGCCAUUCUCCUGCUGGCCGCUUACACUGGCUCGCGGCCGGGGGCACUUCUCAACAUCACCUAUCGUGACCUACGCCUGUAUGUGGAGAAGCACCGCAAGACUGGCAAGCAUGAGCUAAAGCUUGCGGUAACACUGACGAAAAUUAAAUCCGGGCAGAAGCGGAAACGGCCGUAA